CUACUUUGAACUUUGCUAUGUCUCAUUUCAACGGCGUCAAAGUUCUUAUUAGGUCCUUUGAAAUCUGGUUUGCAGCAUACCCAACAGCAAGCUAAGCGUGCUUAUUGUGUAAAAUAAAAUAAUUAAGUAAUUCUUAAAAAAACACAACACACAUAAGCAAUGGAGGAGUACGCCAGAGAACCUUGCCCAUUCCGGAUAGUUGAUGAUUGUGGUGGUGCUUUUGCUAUGGGUUGUAUAGGAGGUGGUGUAUUCCAAGCUAUCAAAGGUUUCCGCAAUGCUCCCUCCGGCAUGAGUCGCAGAAUGCUGGGCAGUCUGUCGGCCAUCAAAACUCGUUCACCUGUCAUUGCUGGUAACUUUGCUGUGUGGGGCGGUAUGUUCAGCACAAUCGACUGCACACUAGUACAUUUCCGAAAGAAGGAAGACCCCUGGAAUUCGAUCAUAAGUGGGGCAGCCACAGGAGGAAUAUUGGCGGCGAGAAAUGGUGUUCCCGCCAUGGCAGGCAGUGCUAUAAUUGGCGGUGUUCUAUUGGCCCUUAUCGAAGGUGUCGGCAUUCUUUUCACAAGACUUUCAUCCGAACAAUUCCGAAAUCCCUUACCUCCGACCGAAGAUCCAAGUGUGUUAGGCGCAGCUGGUUUUGGCCAACCACAGGGCAGUCAGGGACAGUAUCAAUAAGCUUAGCUAUCGCGAAUAAACCUAAUUAAAUUAUCCGUACUUGUAAUUAUAAAAAAAUAAUCUGUUUACCAAAAUUAACUAACUAACAUAAUUAGCAUAAGAAUGUUAAGAAUGUAUACAAAUAAAAAUAAAAUAUAUAAUAAAUGAAAACAAAAUGACAUAGAAA